CGAGCUUCAGACUUGAACAGCAGGAUGCCAAAGACCCUCACACACAUGCAAUGCGACUGGCUCUUAGUGCCGCUGCCAUAGUUGCAGCUGCGCAAAAGGACAAUACUGCCAGCUGGCGCCUUGCGAACGCAGCAGGUUGCCAGGGGGCGAAAGCUUAUAGCAGUACCAUAACGAACAGCACAGGACCGCUCUGCAAUUCGCAGCGCUUCACUGCAACAUUUGUGCCCGCCAUUCGAUUUUCUCACCUGGAAUACUCCAACGAAGGAAAAGCCUUAGCGAGAAAAACAUCAACAAAAACUUCUUUUCGUAUCUGCACACCCACUUUGACGCGUCGCAAAACAUUUCCAACUUCAAUUAUCAUCGAUCUCAAGUGCGCCAUCGACUUGACUUGCAUCCGAACAUUUUCAUUACAAGACAACUUUGCGCAUAUUGAUAUAAGCAAUGGCCGGCGGAAAGGGCAAAUCAGCUGGCGGCAAGAGUGCAGGUGGAAAGACUUCUUCCGCCGAUGGCCCCAAGAAGCAGCAGAGUCACUCUGCUCGUGCAGGUCUUCAGGUAAGCUUAUCAUGACCAUUGUAUCGCGACACAUCCGACAUGAAGCGACGACGCGGCUGUGGUUUGCGACUCCCAGUUGCUCCACGCCUCUGAGAUACCCAACUUCAACCUAGACCCGACCCCUCGCACGAUCCAGCACGAUGCAUGCACGAGGCAACGCGUCUACGAUCAGUGGCAACCAUCUUCUGCUCAGCGUCGUACGACAUCUGCAUCUUUGCACGCUCUUCGUUGUAUUCAACUUCAACCUCU